AUGGGUCUUUUUUUUACUUCUUCAUUCAUCUUGAUACCCAAACGAGACAGUAUGUCUGCAUCAGAAAUUGGUUUAAUCUGUGCUCUCUUUCUUCCCUCGUUCCUUGCCACCUGGAUUGGUACAGUUGGUAUAUGCAAACUCCUUCAAAUCUUUCAUCCGCACCAAUCGCAUGGAGAUCUCAAUAAAAACAAUGAUAAAGAUGGUAUCUUAAUCACACGAGGAGUGGCAACGUCAAAGCCUGAGACUAAAGAAGACGUACUCGUAAAUUGGAUGAUAUCUCUUUUUGAUCCGAUAGUCUAUUUGAUCAUUUUCAUAAUCGGAAUCCCUGUCUUUUUCUCGCCUGGAGGUUCCAAUCGUAGUCUACCUUUGUUUCUCAGUACAGUCGUCUUAUCAUGGCUUCUUAGCCGAAGAGUCGUUCCAACAACUUGGCAAAUGAUCCUUCACCCAAUCUUGGUCACCAGUGCAAUCUCUGUACUCGCGAUCUUUAUCUUUGGUUCAAUCAAGGGUAUGCAAAUUCAAGAAGUUUUGGGACAUUAUUCCACCGGAAGCACUUAUCUGGUUCUCUUCAGAAAAGACAAAGGUUAUACUGGUCAGCCACCUGGAUGCGGUGAUGUGAUGAGUAGCAUUCUUAACGCCGGGAUUAUUUGCUUGGCUUUCCCACUCUUCCGUUACCGUCAAGAUCUUUAUUGCAAUUUUGUUCGAAUCGUUAUUGUAAUCAUACCAAAUUGUGUGAUCUCAUUAUUUUUGUGGCCAUUUUUGGCAAAUAAGAUGGGAAUGAAUGGGGAUCAUUCUAUUACAUUUGCUGGACGGUUUAUGUCUACACCUUUCGGAAUCGAAUUUAUAAAAGCAACAGGAGGUGAUCAAAGUUUGGUAGUGGUUUUGAUUUGCUUUACUGGGAUCAUUGCGGUCAUUAUUCGGGACCAAGCUUUCCGAUUACUUCGAGUUCGGGUUAAAGUGGGAUCAGAUGACUAUUUCACUAUAGGAAUGACCACAGGAGUCAUUGCAGCAGCUAUUGGCACCUCAGCAUUGAUUGGUAACAAUUAUCAUCGAGCAGCUGCUACCUCUACAGUCAGUUUUGUGCUUUAUGGUAUCAUACUUUUAUCAUUGGUUGCCGUUCCAGAUAUAUCAAAGUUUGUGGAUAAGCUUGCUGGAUUUUGA